CGCCCCGGCCCGGAAGGAGCGGCAGGAGACCCCCCGCCCGGUCCCUGUGUCGUGGAGGGAGCGCCGAGCGCGGCUGCCCUGGGAGAGCCGUGGCUGUCAGAAUUAAAAGCGGACCUCACCUCUGGAAGCAGGGAAACUUCUAGAUGCAUAUUCUUCACACAGGUGUUCUGACGUGCGAGAGGAUGAUGGUCCCGAAGUAGCGAAAAGUGUGGCUGCGGGCGAACGUCCGCAGUCAAGAGGCGGUUGGGUGUGUGGGGCCUGCCGCGCCGGGGCACUGUAGUGGGGUCGGUUGCGCCGCGGCUGACCUGUAAGUGCCGAUGCGGAAGGGACCAUCCCCGAGUGGAAGUUCAGAACCCGGCGUGCAGGGCAGUGACUGUCGGGACGUGCGCGAUUUGUGUAGGAAAAAGUGUGUGUGCACACAAGGGCAUUCCUGGAUACAGUGUCCCUGGAGGAAUAUGCCAGACGCUGGCGACCGUGGUCGCCGCUGACAAGGGAGCCCGCUUGUACCCCUGUGUUUUAUUACGAAGUCAUUCCUCCGCCCACCUGAAGGCAUGUGGGCGCAUUCCAUGACCGCACAGGACUAUCAGGAUCUUAUAGACCGAGGAUGGCGAAGAAGUGGGAAAUAUGUGUACAAACCUGUUAUGAAUCAAACAUGUUGUCCUCAGUACACAAUAAGGUGCCGACCUUUACAGUUUCAGCUAUCAAAAUCUCAUAAGAAGGUUUUGAAAAAAAUGUUGAAAUUUCUGGCUAAAGGGGAAAUUUCCAAAGGAAAUUAUGAGGAUGAACCCAUGGAGCCUACCAUGGAGGACGCCGUGUCGGGUGACUUUGCAUUAAUAAAUAAGUUGGAUAUACAGUGUGACCUUAAAACACUCAGUGAUGACCUCAAAGAGAGCUUAGAGAGUGAAGAGAAGGGAAGAAGCUCAAAGAAAGAAGACUCUAACGAAUUAAUUCAGUCACAAGGCACAGAGAAGUUGGGCUCUGAUGAACCAUCACAUUCUGUUAAAGUGCACACGGUUCCUAAGCCAGGCAAAGGAGCAGAUCUGAGUAAGCCUCCAUGUCGAAAAGCAAAGGAAAUCCGGAAAGAAAGGAAAAGGUUGAAACUCAUGCGGCAGAACCCAGCUGGAGGACUUGAGGGUCUCCAGGCUCCAGGUGGACCACCAUCUGUGUUCCCACCAAAGGCCAAACACAGCCAGGCCCCGUCACUGGAAGAUUUCAUUGUUGGCUCUUUGCCAGACUGUGGAUCACACAAAUUAGAGGUGAGGGUGGUGAGAUCAUCUCCACCAAGUUCUCAGUUCAAAGCCACAUUUCAGGAGUCUUACCAGGUCUAUAAACGUUACCAGAUGGUUAUUCACAAGGACCCACCUGAUAAACCAACUGUGAGCCAGGUGAGGUUAGUACCUGUCUCCUUUGAGGACCCAGAGUUCAAGUCGUCCUUCAGCCAGUCAUUUUCUUUGUAUGUCAAGUAUCAAAUGGCCAUACACCAGGACCCGCCUGAUGAAUGUGGCAAGACAGAGUUCACAAGAUUUCUUUGCAGCUCACCUUUGGAGGCAGAAAAUCCCCCUAAUGGACCAGACUGUGGCUAUGGCUCCUUUCACCAGCAGUAUUGGCUUGAUGGAAAGAUUAUUGCUGUAGGGGUGAUUGACAUCCUUCCAUACUGUGUGUCAUCUGUGUAUUUGUACUACGAUCCUGAUUAUUCAUUUCUGUCUUUGGGUGUCUACUCUGCACUACGAGAAAUUGCUUUUACUAGGCAACUUCAUGAGAAAACCUCUCAACUCAGCUAUUAUUAUAUGGGUUUCUACAUUCAUUCAUGCCCCAAGAUGAAAUAUAAGGGCCAGUAUAGACCCUCUGAUUUGUUGUGUCCUGAGACAUAUGUUUGGGUACCCAUUGAGCAGUGCCUGCCUUCACUUGAGAACUCAAAGUACUGCCGUUUCAACCAGGACCCAGAAGCAGUGGAUGAAGGUCGCAGUAAGGAACCUGACCGGUUGCAGGUGUUGCAUAAGAAAGCCAUCGUGCCUUACGGUGUUUACAAGACACAGCAGAAGGACCCCAGCGAGGAGGCCACCGUGCUGCAGUACGCGAGCCUGGUGGGGCAGGCGUGUUCCGAGCGGAUGCUGCUAUUCAGAGACUGAAAGGGCGCGAUCCACCUCGCUGCCCAUCCCUCCUGUGCUGUGCUGAUCAGAAGGGCCACAGUACUUCAUUACCCUGGGAAUUCCAUGCCAUCCACAAAUUAGACUGCUUUAUUUUUACUAUUGUAUGGCUUUUCUGAAAUAUUUUGUGGCAAUGUAUUUGUAAAGAUUUUAAAACUAUCUUAUGACCUAGCCUCAUAAUUGGGAUUUAUCAUUUGGAAGCUUGUUUUAUGAAUGAGAUGGUAAACUUCUCUUGUUAAUAUUUUGGGAAGUUAAAUUUGUAAGUGAAUCUUAAGUGAUUUACAUCAAAGUUUUGCUUUUCUGUUCGAGAAAUUAAAACAGACUGUUUUCCUCUGAUCCAUUUAAAACAUUACUUUAUGCUAAAAAACUUUCCCUGUGGGGAAGCAGGUGGGCAGCCUGUUUCAUCACUUAGAAAAUGUCUUCUCAAGAGAACAAAACUGUGCUUUUACUCACUGUUCAAUAUUAAAUUAGUGCUGAAUAUUAUGUAGUUUAAUAGGAGAUUCGAAAAAAGAAAAUACAAACAUUAAAAAAGGAUGUUGUGGUAACAUUGGAGGUCUGUUUAACUGGGAUAGUCCUAUCCAUGGCUGUCAUCUUGGUGUGAUUAUUUUUCCUAGAAAAAUUACUACAAAUGCUCCACUUUACUCUCAAAAGUAUCCCAGUUUGUACAAUAAAAUAUAUGAUUACCCUAGUUA